CCUGCUACCAGCACUCCAGCAGUGUACCAUAGCUGCGAGUACUGAUCUCUCUCUCUCUCCUACCUGCUCCCCGGUCCCUUCUCUUUCUACAACUCCAAUCCACCAUCCGAUAUAUAUCCCCUUCCGGCCACUUCUGUUUUCCCUCAAUCCCCUUCCAAAUCUUCAUUGCACAUCUCAUAGUGUGUUCAGCUGUCUCCUUCCCCGCUGGCCUGCUCUCUCUGCUGCUCCACCAUGAGGCAAGUAGGGAGCCCAUUGGACCUGAACAACUUGCCGGAGGAGUACGGCAAGCAAGCGGUAGAGAGCUCCACGACCACCGCCACAUCAAGCUCCCAUGCAGUUAGGACAGGGAUAAAGAAGAAGGGCGAUGGAGGGAAAGACGAUGCUGCAAAGGUGUAUGAGUGCCGGUUUUGCUCCCUCAAGUUCGGCAAGUCUCAAGCGCUUGGCGGCCAUAUGAACCGCCAUCGACAAGAGAGGGAGACUGAAACCCUCAACCGUGCCCGGCAACUCGUCUUCGGCAACGAGAGCCUCGCCGCCAUCGGGGCGCAAGCGCAGAUGACGAUGACUUUCAGGGAUGUAAAUAUGGCUGGCGCUGCCCCACCGACCGUAUUGGGAGGAAACUUCCGGGGAGGCGCCAGCGCCACCGGUGGCAGCAGCGUCGGCGACCCGUGUCUCCCGUUCCGGCCGGUGCAUCCGGGGCUAUCGUCGCAGCCUUCGUACCAUUACCUCUACACGGCGCCAUCCACACUGCACCCGAUGAGCUACCCGCCGGCGACGUACCCGGGCCCUCCUCGUCAGCCUGCGGUCGGCGACUAUGUCAUCGGUCACGCAGUCUCCGCCGGUGGCGGUGACGCACUGAUGCAGUCGACGCACCGCAGCAGCUUCUCUUGCUUCGGAGCUCCACUCACCGCUCCGCCGGCAGCAGCGGCGGCGGGGGCUGCUGCUGCUGCUAUGAACGUGCAGGCCGACAAGCUUAACUGCAACUGCAGCUUCGGCUGCGGUGGCCACAGCAGAAAUAAUAACGUGAAUGCGUCCACUUGAGCAGAUGCGGACCGCACGCUGUGGUUAAUGCAUGCAAUUAAGUCAGUGUAAAGAGCCAAGAAAUUAAAUUAGAUGAUGCGUGUUUUCGACAUUAAAGACAGAAGUGUUCUGAGGAUCUACUUCUAUAUGAAUGCCUGCAAUGGAUCCCUGAAUCUAAACUAAAAAUCUUCAGUUUUGCAUGAA